AUGGCGCCCAGCGCGCUCGACAAGAACAGCGGGGCGGACCUCAACACCGCGGUGCUCAAGCGCAUGGACCCGGACGUGUCCGGGAUAAUGUGCACCGCCAGCCAUGUGGCGCUGUACGAGUUCGACAUGGCCACCCACCAGUGGGGGCGGAAGAACGUGGAGGGCACGCUGUUCCUGGUGAAGAGGCGCACCGCGCCGCGGUUCAAGUUCAUCGUGAUGAACGGCAAGGGGACGGACAAUUACAUGGAGGAGGUGGACGGCGAGAUGACGGUGGAGCAGAUGGAGAGCUUCAUCCUGUACACCAGGAAGCCGCAGGGCCUGACGGGGAUUUGGUUCUACGAGACGGCCGACAGGAACAAUUUCAUGGGCGUGCUCCACCGCGUGGUGGCCAGCCUGCCAAAGAUUUCCCCCCAGGAGGAGGCGCCCAGGGAGAGGCCGGCGCCUGUCCCACCUCCCGGCCCUCGCGAAGGACCUGAGGACGGCUUUUGGGACAAGUCCGGCAGCAGGGGGCUGGAGCACCAGAACUCAGGCCCCGCCCAGGAGCACCUCCUCCAGCUGUUCCAGAAGGCCAACCGGCCGCCCCAGGACGGCCCUCAAGAGCCCUUCCCCGCGUCCAGGUCGCGUCAGGGCGGCGGGGGGACGGCGGAGGCCCCGCCAGAGGCGAUUUCGUCCGCGGUGCCGGCGACGUCCGGCGGGGCAUCGUUCCCGGCCCCGGGCGUAACCUUGCUGACCCCCUCCACCUUCGUGCGGCCGUCCAGCCGGCCGGAGGCCUUCGAGAACGGCGGCCGGGAGAGCGUGGCAGCGCCCUCACCGCUUCAGCUGCCCAUGCCGCCGCCCAUGGCCGGCGGGGAACCCAGGAUGGGCCAGGGCGGGGCCCUGCCGCUUGGCCAGGGGGCACUGGGUGGAUUGCAUCCAAUCCGGUCGCGCAGCGAGGGGAACGGAUUUGGGGACGCCGGGGUGAUGGGAAGCACCGGCCUGGAGAGGUUUUUCUCGGGGAAUGUGAAGAAGGAAGAGGUGGGUGGCGGGGAGGAGCAGGUGCGGGAGCGGGUGAGGGCGGCAAUGGCUGGGCUGAUGCAGAGGAGCGACGUGGUGGACGCCAUGGUGGCAGAAUUCAGGAGACAGGGGCUGUUGUGCUGA